GAGUUUGACCUGUGGCCAGCCAUGGGCAAGCCCUUUUUCUCUUCCAAUGGCGACCCCACCUGGCAAUCUCUGGAGGAUCUUCAAUUCUUCUUCUUCUUCCGAGUGGGAACAUACUCCUAACCCGCCUCUCUUUUAGAGCAUAAAAAAGAAAGGUUAAAUAACUUUUUUUCCUCUCCCUCUUCAUCUUCUCUCUUUCUCUUUUCUCUUCUCCGAGAACCCUAAUACCCACAGCAUUUAAAUUAGGAAGAGCAGCAAGAGAAAUCGGAUUGCAUAUACCCCGCCGCCCGCAGCGAGUGCUAAGCAGAGAAACCCCUCGAUCAGCUUUUCAUCAUUCCCCUGGCUUAAAUUUUUUCCCUUCAAUCCUUACCUAACUCAAUUUCUGUUUCUCCCCGUAAAGAAACUUUUGCUCCAUCUCAGAUGAAGAGGACGUUCUGAAAGGUGGUUCUAGACGACUCUCUCUCUGUCUCUCCGUUUACUUUUCUUCGUGCCCUUGUCGCCAUUUGCUUCAUGGGCUAGCUCUUUCGCAGGAUUUGAUCUGGGUUUAAGCUCAUUUUCUGAUCUUUUUUUCUUCUGCAUCCCUGUGACUAUCGCAGUCGCUCAUCCCUUUUUGGUACACAUAAAAUUUUUUUACCGAUAUGGAUUCGGGCAACAGUGGUAGUAUGCAGUCUUCCAGCGGCGGCGAUGAAGAGUACGACUCCAGGGCCGAAACGAUCCCUACUUUCCUCAACCCUUCUGCCCAUUUCUCUCACAACCUCUCAAACCCACACCACCCAGCCAUCUCCUUGUUGGAUCCUCCAAAUUACUUUGAAACCUUCUCACAGACACAGUCAAACCCAAAUCCAAAUGCAAGUUCUUUACUCAGCCACGACGUCUUUUGGUCCAUUAUGGGCUCCUCGUCGUCGUCUUCUUCUUCAUCCUCAGCCCAAGCUUCCAUCCUCGGCUCCUCCCAAGGACCCAUGGCCAGCCAGGGACCGCUCCGUCCAGUCCACGAUCACAAUGACGUGGGAGCUCUGGCACCGUCCGAUCAACCUACAGUAGGCCGAAGCUCGAAGAAGCGGACCAGGGCUUCGCGGCGCGCACCCACCACUGUCCUCACCACAGACACGUCGAACUUCCGAGCAAUGGUGCAAGAAUACACCGGGAUCCCGCCGCCGCCGUUCUCAGCGGCCCCGUCGUAUUCCCGCCGCCUCGAUCUGUUUUCCUCGGCCGGAGCGACGAUGCGGUCCAGCCAUUUGGAACCCCUGGGGUCUAUUUACCCCUUAAGGCCUUCAGCUCUAAAAAUUCAACCAAUAUCCCCAUUUCUAUCUUCUUCUUCUCCUUCCCUUUCUUCUUCAUUCUUGAAUUCUACUAUGGUUGAUGCUAUUGCUGCUACUGCCAAUAUUGCUACCAGUAGUACUACUACUACUAACAACAUCACCAUGACAACCUCAUCCAUGGCUGCUGCUGCAUCUAUCAAUCUCAAUCCCAGCACUUCCAUUAACUAUCAACAACCUCAAAAUCCGCUAAACAUGCAAAACCCAUAUAUCAAAUUCCACUCCCUCCUACAAUCACCUCUCCCAAAUAAUGAUUCUCCGCUCAAGUUCCCACUAUCAGAACUACCGGUAUCCGUACCCGGAAAGUCUCAAGGCAAUUCGGACAUUGACAGCAACGGCGUUAAUCAUCAAGAACUGGGUAUGAGUAGCCAUGGACAUGGGAAUGCAAAUCUAGGAGGGUUUCUCGGGACUAGUAGUCAUCAAGAUCAUCGGUUGAGAUCAUUCACUGGGAAUUAUGGUGAUAAUUCAAGUGUUCAUGUUAGUAGCUUCAAGUUAAAUUGCGCCCCAGGUCCUUCAUCAGAGAAUAAUGUUUCCUCCAGGGCGGAAGGCACGGUCGAUUCCUGGAUUUGCCCUUCAGAUUAGGAUUCAUAUAUGCAACAAAGCAAUCAACAGCACAGAAGCUAGGACAAUCGACGAUCGAGAAAUCUGUAUAAGUUUGUGGACGGGGAUGACCCAUGUGGAAGGAUACGCUUGUGUUGUUAACCUGAUUAGUAUGAUCAUCAGUGAGAACUGCUUAUUUACGGCGCAUGCAUUAUAUAUACAUACAUUUAUAUAUAUAUAUAUAUAUAUAUAAAUCUUUUUACUCUGUAAAUUAAUAGAUUUAUCAGAGAGAUGCAUGUUUACUUUAUCAUAAAAAGAUUAAAAAAGCCAUAGAUUUUAUCAUCA